AUGAACUCUUUAACUCGCUCUGCUAACUGUGCUCCUUUCUUGGAUGACUAUAACGGGAGGAUAAGUAGAAACAAACCAUGUCUUUCAGGAACAAAGAAUAAUCCAUCUCGGUAUUAUACACAUGGCAAUAAGAAAUUAUUUAAAUCUGUGCAUUCUUCAAGCUCAAAACAAAACCCCUCAAAAUCUUCUAAGCUCCUUCAUCUAAGUGCUUCUGCACUACAGCCCCAGAGUUUGGUUCAUAAAUACUCUCUAAAGAAGCAGGUAGGGACACCUAAGCAACAACAUUGAGAGGAUCAGCUCGAAGUUCAAGACCUUGUCUCCUGUGAAGAGGAAUGACAACAAUAGCUCGAUUUGAUCAUCAGUGAAUACCUCAAAAGUAGACCU